CUAACCUAUAAAAUUAACGCAAAUUGUAAACAAACAAAAAUGAUCCGUGAAUAUUUACUGAAAUUUCAUUUCCACGAUUGUAUUAACAUUUUAUCAGAAACGGAUAAUCUUGGUUAUUAUAGUAUUAAAAUAGAUUUUUUAAAACUAUUUGAAACGUACCCUGACGUUGGAGAUAAAGUACUUUGUAGCCCUGUAGAAAGUUUACCAAUCUGUGAUAAUGAUAUAAUCAAGGUUCAGCAGAAUAUUUUAGAAAAUAUAGAGUAUAAAGAAAUUACAUCGAAAUUAGUUAAUUGUCAUUUAAAAAGGAACGUUCAUGCAAGGUUUUUCGGUCUACCCGUUUGCCCUGAAUUGCACAGGACUAUAUUUCCUAAGAAUGUGGAUUUGGGAUGCUUUUUGAAAGUAACUGGUACAGUAGUCCGAGUGACUCAAUCAAAAAUGUUAGAAUACCAACGGAAGUAUGUUUGCAUGAAGUGCAAAUAUGAAAACUGUGUUGAAGCAGAAUUUAAGAACAGGUACAUACUAAAGGCUCCUUCCAAAUGUGGUAAUGAAAACCCCAAAUGCAGAUGUUCAACAUUCACACAAGUACAAUUGGUGUCACGAGAAUACUGUAAGGAUUAUCAAGAAAUGAAAAUACAGGAGCAAGUAAACAAAUUAAGUAUUGGUUCAAUCCCUGGAUCUUUGUGGGUAGUGUUAGAAGAUGAUCUGGUUGAUUGUUGCAAGCCUGGAGAUGAUGUAAUAAUUUGUGGAGCGGUUCGACGCCGUUGGAGACCGUCAGUUCAGAACAAGAAAUCUGAAGUGGAGUUAGUUUUGCAAGCCAAUUACAUUGAAGUGUGUAACGCACAACAAUCAGAAGUGGUAUCUAAAGCACCCGAUGUUAAGGAAUGCUUUAAUGAUUUCUGGUCGAAGUAUGAAUCAUGUCCUUUAAAAGGAAGAGAUCAAAUUUUAAAAUCAGUGUGUCCUCAGGUGUAUGGUUUACAUUUGGUAAAGUUGGCAGUUUUGCUCACCGUUAUAACUGGGGCAAACCAUGUUGAAGAGGAUGCUAAUAAAAAAUCGGCACAAGAUGACCAACAUUCAACCAGAGUUAGAGGACAAUGUCAUCUUUUAUUGGUUGGUGAUCCAGGUACUGGGAAAUCGCAGCUGCUUCGUGCGGGCGCGGACUUGACAGCGCGUUCUGUGUUCACUUCUGGAGCCGGCAGCACGCGAGCUGGACUCACUUGCGCGGCUUUAAGGGAAGAAGGUGAAUGGCAACUAGAAGCGGGCGCUCUGGUCCUCUCUGACGGCGGCGUGUGUUGUAUAGACGAGAUAUCGCAGCUCCGCGAACACGACCGCACCGCCAUACACGAAGCUAUGGAGCAGCAGACAAUCUCUAUCGCUAAGGCUGGCAUUGUAUGUAAACUGAACACGCGUUGCGCCAUCAUUGCGGCGUGCAAUCCUAAAGGACACUACGAUACCGAUCAGCCGCUUAGCGUCAACGUAUCACUUGGGACUCCAUUGUUGAGUUCGAUCUAAUAUUCAUCCUACUUGAUUCAAAAAACAAAGUCUGGGAUAAACUGGUGUCAUCUUACAUAUUAUUUGGUGACACCAGUCCUAAUGAAUCAAAGAAGACAUGGAAUCUGGAAAAGUUACAA